UGCGUUGGCAACAUUGUAACUUUGUAGUGCCAAAAUCCGAAAUUCGCGUGUUCUGCUGUGUUUUGUGCAAUGUUCCCAGUUGCAUAGCGCACUCAAUUAAUUUUCAGCAAUGCUCCUAGGUACGAAAGGCGAAGCUUUAGUGAAGGCAAUUCACGACCCAGCGUUUGCAUCAGCAAAUAUAGGAUGCACCUUGGGCAUUGGAAGUUCUCUGCUUGUGUACCCCACUCCCAAAGGUUAUCAAAAGCACACAGGUACACCCCGUGGUACAUCGAAACAUGAUGUGUAUGGGCCACACCAAGUUGCUUGGGGCGCAUCAUUGGACUGCCCAGUGACAAGGAAGUUGGCAAAUGAGUCUUGCGGUGUCUUCCUGCUGCUACAGAAGUCUGCGUCUGCUUCGCAGCAAGACAACGCUUAUAGGCAGUUAGUCAAAAUCAGUCGAGGUUAUCGAGCAAUCUUGCAUGGAUGCAUAGAGAGUUGUAUGGAUGCUGCAAAUGAUAGUGACGCGAGAGCUGAUUAUCAAAGAAAGAGUGAGCUGCUCCACCACAUUGAGCUGGCAUGGCAUCUCUGUGAGAUUCUUUUUGUCGACGUGCAGCCAGGUACAGCUUUAUUAUCCCAGCUUCAGUAUUGGGCAGUGUGCCACAUGUCCGAACCAACUGCAUCAAAGAUCAGAGACAUUCUUUCCGAGGAAGAAGUUCACAAAUCCUCCGAGUACUGGAACAUGGUGUACUUGUUGGUGGCCCAAGCACGUUUGGAUGAGGCAAGAAAGCUGCUCAGGUGCCAUCCUCAGUCAGGCCGUGACGAUUUUGUAGCCCUUGACCAGCUGUUAGAAGCAGCUCCGCAGGGCUCGCAGCAGACUUCCACGAUGGACCUUCAAGUGUGGUUCCAAGGGUGGCAAAAGGAGUGCCAGAUACGCUUGCAGAAUGGGGAAUUCUCCCUUUUGACAGAACUCGAGAAAGUCUGCAGGAUUCUACUAGGAGAUGAGGCAACCUUUUAUGAAAUACGCGAUCUGUUUGAUUCAUGGUACCAUUACCUCGUCGCAAAGCUGACUUACACAGAGCCUGUUGUACAGAUUCAUGAACUUGGAGCCAUGGCAGAGGAAUGUGUCGCGCUGUUCGGAGGUACAAAGUCCGCAGGACUGUUGGACGGAGUCCUCUUGUCCCUAUUCAGGCUGGAUCUUCAGCAAGUGCUACGGGAGUCAAGUCUAUUUCUGGACAACUGGUGGUUUUCGGCCCACUUGGCAGACCUCCUCUUUCACGGAGGACAAUUGGAGGUUCACAAAGUCGACUAUGCAGCUCCGCUGCGAGAACACAUAAUCUUGGAAUAUGUCUCCUCUUUAAUGUCCCACCACAGUCUGUGGCAGGUUGGAGUCGAUUAUUUGGACCACUGUCCUCGACAAGGCAGACCUCACCUGGAAGUCUACCUUGAACACAUACCAUUUAAAACGCAAGCCGAAGCCCUAAAAAUAGUCAACAUUGCUGAGCAGAGAGAAAUGUGGUCAACAGCUGAAAGCAUCUGCCACGUCAUGGCCACACGUCUACAGAGUCAGGAUCAGCUGGGAGCUGCACUCACAUGGGCUAUCCAUUGCAAGGACACCACACUGACAUCAAGACUGGCAGACAAGCUUCUUCUCGAAUACGCCCAGCAGCGAGAGUUUUCUUGUUGCGACAUUCUGGAAAAUUUGGGAGAAGAAAUGCUCCUCAGUGAUCGCCUUACUUUCCUGGCAAAGUAUCGCGAGUACCACCAGGAAACGGACAGUAAACGGGCCGCUAAACUUCUUGUGGCACUCAUCGAGUCUGAGCUUGCUCCCUGCUUUUUCUGGCCUGUACUCAUACGUGAUGCGUCAGCCCUCCUUCAAGACUCUCAAGAUCUUGUCCUAGAUGAAACCCAAAUUUUACAGCUGGAGGGAUGUUUGGAAACGGUGUCGCGCAGUGUCCGAAAGAUAAGCCAUACUACGCAACAACAGCCAUGGACUGAAGAAGAAGAGCGGUGUGCAAGGCUUCUAUUGGCUGAAAACCUUGCGCAAGCAUUUAUUCAAGAAGGAAGCUGCACAAGCGUGUGAUUGCGAACAACAGUGCAUUCAUCUCAUGUGUACAUGCAAUACUACAUUUAGAAUAAAACUGACACCUUUCAAAUUUA